UGUCUCUCCUGGCCGCUGGGUGCCAGACCUGGCACGUCAGCGUCGUGGCCUUCAAGGGACGACGUUUCGCAUACGCUGCUACUCUCGCCAUUUACAUCUAUCAGAUGGACGACCGUGAGUUCAAACUUCAUUCCAUCAUGGCCGAACACAAGAAAACCAUAACCUCUCUACAAUGGCACCCGACGAAAGAAGAUUGGUUCGCGAGUGGAAGCCUCGACCCGCUGGUCUGCGUCUGGGAUGUCAGCACGGGAGGACUCGUAGCCAUCCUCCAGGACCCUCAAUGUACACCAGUCCACCUGUCCUGGAAGCCGUUCUCCGGGGACCUACUCGUCUACCUAACUGGCAAGGGUCCCUUGUACGCGUGGGACAUCAAGGAGGACGGCCAUAAGGUUAUGAAGGACGUGCCCGCCUUUGGUAGCACCAUCACGCAGCUGUCCUGGCAUCCUGAUGUAGCUGGCAAAGUAGCGUUUGGGCAUUUGGAUGGCUCGCUCUCAAUGGUGCAGUGCGGGGGCAGCCAGCAACGUCAUAUCCGCCUUCUCAACGACAGCCCGCCGGAAGACGAAGACGAGGAACCUCGUCCUGUUCUAGCUAUCCAAUGGGAUCCAUUGUCGACAAACUACCUCCUUGUCGGUUUACCAAGCGGACAUCUUUUCCUCUUAGACACCGCGACACCGGAAGUGCAGGUGGUGACAGCGUAUACUACACCCAGUCGUGCCACCACAGUUAGGAUGGUUACUUGGGUACCAGGAGCUGCUGGGACAUUCCUCUCAGGAGACGCUGAGUCCGGUGUCCUUCGAGUUUGGAACGUGUCCAAGACUAGUCCUCUGGAGAACAUUCACGUGCACCGGUGCGGCUUUCACACGCUGUGCGCCGCUCCGAGCUUCCCCGACACCCCUGCAUCUCAGAACGAGCUAGAAACGAGAAGACCUGGCGGAGGCCAGACGGCAUUUCUCUCCUCCGGUGUCCGCGUCAUCUGUCUCUUCCACGACGGCGGCGUUGGCCUCUACAACGUCCGCAAACGAGCCUGGGACUUCCUUAGAGAUUUUGCGCACACGGAGACCAUAUUCGACUGUCAGUUUAAACCGGACAAUUACAGCAUACUUGCAACGGCAAGUUACGACGGUAGUAUUAAGCUCUGGAACAUCGAGACCAUGACUCUGGAGGCAUCUUCGCCACCGACUAAGAGUAUAGUCUACAACCUGUCUUGGGCGCCAGCCGGCCAGGACUGCCUCGCCGCUGGAACGUCCCGCAGCGGAGUCCUCGUCUGGGACACAGCGAACAACACCAUCAAACGCAAGAUACUUGACCACGGCAAGGGUAACUGCGUGUACUGCGUGGCCUGGAACCAGACAGAUGCGAGGAAGAUCGCCUCCGGUGGAUCCGAUGGCACAUGCAUGGUUCAUCUUGUGGAUGGCACCGUAGCGCACACGUUCAAGCAUCCGGGUACAGUGUUCGGCUGUGACUGGCAUCCCAACAACGAGAACAUUUUAGCGACUGCUUGCGAGGAUUCCAUGGUGCGCGUCUUCUACCUCAGCUUCAAUGGCGGUGGCCCUCUCAAAACACUCGCAGGACACAAAGGCAAGGUGUUCCGAGUCAAGUGGUCGCCCUUGUGCGAUGGCAUGCUAUGCAGCAGCUCCGAUGACAAUACGGUGCACGUGUGGAAGUAUACGGAGGAGAGUGCUGUCCGUGUACUCAAAGGACACAAGGACUUCACACGUAGCGUACUAUGGUGCCCCGAAGUUCCCCACCUACUCCUGUCUGGCAGCUGGGAUGCUACCAUUAGGAUAUGGGACGUUCGUAACGGCUGUUGCCUGGACGUCGUUUGUGACCACGGAGCUGACAUUUACGGUCUUACUUGUCAUCCUCAAAGACCGUUCCUUGUGGCUUCCUCGUCCAGAGAUUCUACGGUACGCAUCUGGUCCAUGCUUCCACUAGUGUCCAGUCUCCAACUGAAGAUAUUAUCGGGCUCCGAUCUCAAUGAUGUCGUGGCUGCUCAAGGAGAUGUUCCCAAUGGAACUGGAAAAGAAAUGCUUUGUGGGGCAGCGGCCAGGAGAAUAAAGCACAGCGUAUCUCGUUCUGAAUCGACGACAAACUUCAUUCCCAUCUGGUCCAAGUUCUUCAACGUAUCGCCUGGCGUUUCCAAUCUUUGGGACUUGGUGGACGUCGUCCAGGGCGGGGACUUGGAAGGAACCUCCGCCUCCUACAAGGAAGGCAUUGUCCACUACACCCACUUGCUGAAGUUGAGAUCGUCGAAGGCACACGAGAUGGAACUGGUCAAGAUGACUCGCUUUGGGGGCGGAGGUAUUGGCGCACCCAACAGCGACGACUCCUUGAGGAUGGCCGCAGAGCAGUACCUAGCGCUGGGCAACUUACGAAAAUACUGCGACAUCCUCGUAGACCGGGGUCUGUGGUGUGAGGCCCUCUCCCUCGCCCCUGGUGUCUCGGUGGAGUACUGGCACUACCUCACUCGCAAGAGAGCCACAGAGCUGGCAAAAGAUGGGCGCAUUGAAGCGGUGCAGCACUAUCUGGCCCUUGGCGACUUGGAGAGUGCCACAAGAUUCCUCCGGAGCAGGGGUCAGGUCUUGGACAGCUACACCUUAUCAGUGGCCGCGGCGCAGGCUCCGCGUCCUCUAUCCCACGGUGCCGCCACAGAAGUGCCCGAGUACGCCUCCCAAGAGACGGCUACCGUCAAUAGGUUGGUCCAAGAUUGCAUCGACGACCUUUCGUCUAAAUACCUUUCGGAAGGAGUUCCAGUCCUUGCCGCUUGCUGCCACUUAGCCAUCAACGGAAUUAAGGGUUCCAUACGUGACCUGAUACGUGGCAACGAGCUGGAGUUAGCAUUGAGCGUGUCACUGGUCACGGGUGCAGAGUCGGACACGAUGACCAAAUCAGUGGUUACCUGGCUGGCCUGGAGGACGUGUCGGACGGGAAACUGGGAGUUGGCCGUUGAUCUGCUGAACUUGCUCGAGGAUAACGACAGGGCCAAGGUGGAAGUUCUAGCCAGCUGUGGCGUCUCCCUCGCUGACAGGAAUUCCCUCUUCCAACAGGCGGGGCUCAAAACGGUAGAGGAGUACGCGGAUAUGGCAGCGCAAGAAGAAGCCGACGGAAACGACCAGAGGGCGCUACAGUAUUACUUGCUUUCCGACAACCAGACUCCAGCGUUCAAGAUCGGAAUGAAAAUCAUCAGAGAAAGACUGUCUGGUCCCGACUGGACGUUGAGCUCUGUGUGGGAGGUCCUGCGCUGGCUCCAGUCACUAAAAGACAAAGUACUCCUGCAUCAAGAAAACGACGAGUUACGAAGAGACCUACUAUUUUUCUCCGCCUAUCUCGGAGCGCUGAAAGCAAUUGAGGACGGUUACGACACAAUAGUGACACCCUUACUACGACAAGCCAGGCGAAUCCUUGCUCAAGGGUCGCCCUCCCUGGACAAGGACGCCCUCAUGGAGGACAUUCAACGGGUCGACGACUUUUCGGAUCGCGAUCGCAACAGCACAGCACAUCAAGAGACCUUCCGGCGUCUGGAGGCCACCGACCUCUUCGGCCGAGUACAGGUCACGGGCUCCCACCUACCCAGACACUCCGACCAGCAGCGGUCCUUCUUCAGCGGUGAAGCCAUCAAGGGUCCCGUUUACGUCCUGGACGACGGCAUCUCUACGGUAUCGCUGAGUGAAGCCAUAAUGUGGGCUAGAGUCAACCUGCUCUCUCCCCUGGGGACCUGCUACAGACUAGUGCCAUUUUAAAUCGACGGAAAUUCUAGAAAAUAUUCUCCUUCUAAUAACAAAGAGAAAGUACUGCUUCCUAACCUCGCACUGCUGUUGAUGUUUGCUCGCCUGCGAACUUGUUACGUACCACUGUUACGCACAAUAAAGUGCUGCUUGAAUAAGAACUA